CAGGCAGGGCAGCUUUACGCACAGACCGUUUGGAGCAGAAGGACGCACCGAGGAGCAGCUCCGCUCAUUUGUUCUUCUCUUUUCCCCCCCACUUCUUCUCCCCCGCCCGCGUCUCCUCCAUCACUCCAGAGGGCUUUGCUUCUUCUUCUUUUUUUUUUUAAACAUUUUUUUAUUUUCAUCUGCAUCAUGGGCUCCGUGCUACCCGCCGACGCUUUGGCUCUCAAGUCUGGAUUUAAGUGUCCGAGUCGCUCGCUCUCGGACGUGAUCACCUCGGACAUCCUGCACAGCUUCCUGUACGGCAGGUGGAGGAACGUGCUGGGCGAACACCUGGCGGAGGAGCGGCACAGCGGCAGCCCCAAGACCGCGUUCACCGCGGAGGUGCUGGCCCAGUCCUUCGUCGGAGAGGUGCAGAAGCUGUCCAGCCUGGUGCUUCCCAGCGAGGUGAUCAUCGCCCAGAGCUCCAUCCCCGGGGAAGGCCUGGGCAUCUUCUCGAAGACCUGGAUCAAAGCGGGAACCGAGAUGGGUCCCUUCACGGGGAGGGUCCUGUCCCCAGAACACGUGGACCUGCUCAAGAACAACAACCUCAUGUGGGAGGUGUUCAACGAGGACGGCACGGUGCGCUACUUCAUCGACGCCAGCCAGGAGGACCAGCGCAGCUGGAUGACCUACAUCAAGUGCGCGAGGAAUGAACAAGAGCAAAACCUGGAGGUGGUGCAGAUCGGCAGCAGCAUCUUCUACAAGGCGUCCGAGACUAUCCCACCGGACCAGGAGCUUCUCGUCUGGUACGGAAACACCCAAAACACGUUCCUGGGGAUCCCCGGAGUUCCAGGGAUAGAUGAAGAACACCUGAAGAAAACCAGGAGUGAAGACUCCCACCCCUGCGAGGGCCCUUCCUCCUGCUCCCCACCCGCCGCCACCACCACGGCCGGCCGGAUGCGCUGCGUCAUCUGCCACCGCGGCUUCAACUCCCGCAGCAACCUGCGCUCCCACAUGCGCAUCCACACCCUGGACAAGCCCUUCGUCUGCCGCUUCUGCAACCGCCGCUUCAGCCAGUCGUCCACGCUGCGGAACCACGUCCGCCUGCACACCGGGGAGCGGCCCUACAAGUGUCACGUCUGCCAGAGCGCCUACUCCCAGCUGGCGGGCCUGCGGGCGCACCAGAAGAGCGCGCGGCACAAACCGGCGGCGCACGCCGCCGACGUGACGUCCAAGGUGUCCCCUCCUCCCCCGCAGAUGACGGCCGUGCCCCACCAGCACCAGAUGCCCAUGGUGCACCACAUCCCCACCAUGGUGCUAUGAUGACGGACGCGCGGUGGGACUGUCGCGCGGAACAACGUUGCACUUUAUAGGUUUACAGCCGGUGUGGAGAAGAAGAGGAGAUCCGGAUCGGACAAUGCCUUCGUUUAAGGAAAUAAAAGGCAAAGCAACUUUCAGACGUUUAAAUAGGUUGCCUUGUUUGUAUUGCUUGUUUCUUUGGCUAUCACGUGAUCAGAACUCCAGCAGAAGAUGUUUUAAUGUUUGUCUGUAUUUUGGAAAGCCGGAAUGUGCUGAAAAACCCUGAAGAUUUUACAAAAAAAUAUGUUAUUCUCGUGUCAUUUUUAAAGUGUCAUAAAUCAAUCCAAAUGUGAGACGAAACGAUAUUUUCUACAUUUUAAGGGACAGGAUGUGGUCACCAAGGUACAUAUUCAGCUGCAUCCUCACUGUAAACUGUCACUUUAAUCUUGCACAGGCUGUUGUGUAAAUGUAAAAUUGUAUUGUAUGCUAUAUACUGUACAUGUGAAUGUAAAUACAUUUGUGCUUUCUUCUAUUCUAAAUAAAUAUGAUAAGAUAUAACAAAUGAUGGUAUUUAUUCUCAUAAGCCAUGCACCGAUCAAAAAAC